GAUCGCAUGACGAAUCUCAUCACGCAGGGAGUGAAGGAGGUGGCCUUCGUUUUCUCUCCGCCGCCCAUCGUCGCCAGCUUUGAGAAGCGGCCCAUGGGCUUUACCGUUGCCAAGGACUCAGAACUGGGUCUGAUCCACGUCUCCAGCUCCACCGGGGUGGCGCGCGCUUACGGCAUUAGGCCGGGUGCGAUCGUCGCCAACAUUGGUGGCACAGAAGUCAGCUCCCUCCGAAUCGAGCACGUCCGGGACAUGCUCAAGGAGGUCAGCCUGCCGGUCUCCGUCCAUUUCGAGCAGGCCAGAGGAAUGCCAAACACGGUUGCAGGAAUGAUCCAGCACGUCCCAGAAGAAGAGCAGGAGGUGGUGGCAGCUCCCAAGAAGGAGGAGCCGCGUCCCCCUCCUCGCGACCCCAACGUUCCCAUGGUGGUGCCGCCACCAACCGACAUCGAACUCGACUUGUCGCAGCCUUUGGGCAUCGUGUGGUACCCCAGCCUCGUGGUGAAGAGCGUGAAGCCAAAUUCCCAGGCAGCGCGUCUCGGCAUCGGCCCGGGCUGGGAGGUUCUGGGCCUCGCCGGGGAGGAGCUCCGGGAUGUCCAAGAGCUGGAGAAGAAGCUCGAGGCACUCAAAGCCGAAGGCUGCCUUGGCCAGUCGAUGAUGUUCCAGCCUGCCGCCGUGCCUGCGACCGAG